ACUAGAGAGAAAAAUGCAUCCGCUGACAAAUUGUUUUCUGCCUCUCCUGGUAUUUGCGCUCUGUGGUGGCAGCGUGCCAGUGUCAGGCGCUCACACACCGACUUAUAUCUGGAGAGAUGACGCGACAGGGGAUUCCCUUACGUGCGACCUAUGCGCUCCUGGAACAUACUUACUGAAGCAUUGCACAAAGGACCGCAAGAGCGACUGCGGACCUUGUCCAAAGUCCCACUACACAGAGAUCUGGAACUACAUCGAGCGGUGUCAAUACUGCAAUCGUUUUUGCACGGCUGAUGAGAUUGAAAGCGUACCGUGCACCCAACUGCACAACCGACAGUGCGAGUGCAAGGACGGGUUCUACAUGACACAUGGGUCAUGUUCAAGGCACAGAAGGUGUCCACCCGGGGAAGGGGUAAUCUCUAAUGGAACCGCACACACUGAUGUGAAGUGUGAACCUUGCCCAGUGGGCUUCUUCUCUGCAGUGUCCUCCAGUAGGAAAGCCUGUCAGAAGUUUUCUGUGUGCCCCCCAGGUCGCACCACUAUACCUGGCAAUGACAUGAAUGAUGUUUACUGCUCAGCAUGUAGGAAUGGUUCAAGAACACAUGAAGGUCAAGCUAUCUGUGAUGGGGAGUUGAUGGAAUUCCUGUCACUGCAGAUCCUCACACCAAGAAAGGACAAAAGACUGGUGGCUGUGCUCAGGAGGAGUGCUGGUAAAGCCACAAUCAAUAAUGCAACUGUACUAGACCUCCUCAAAACUAUUAAGAACAAAGCUGGCAAACAUUUUGCUAUUCAAAUGCGUGAUAUCCUGAACACAGACAGGCUGCUCCAUUUAAGAACUAAAGUCAACAAAUGGUUUCUCCAUAUGAAUUUAUAGGGCUAAUAGAAAUCACCACAUAUUGUAAACAGUUUAUUUUCUUCAUGUUUUUGUUUUGUAUCCAUUAUCUUAUUUUAUUCUUAUUUAAUGUUGUUUAUACACCUUGUGGGUGGGGGCAAUGGUUUAAAAAAAAUAGAAGACUAGUGUUUUGUCGUUGAAUUCCUCAUUGUGCAGUAUAUCAGAAUAUAUCACUAUGUUGCCAAAAAAGUUCAAGACUUAUUGUUUCCCUUCAAUAAAAUGCAUUCAAAACGA